UGCAAAUAAAAACAACUUUUAAAUUGUUAUUAAUCAAAUGCCACUAAAAGGCAUAAAGGUAUUAGAAUUUGUGGGCCUUGCCCCAGGUCCUUUGUGUGGUAAAAUUCUUAGCGAUUUUGGGGCUACUGUGACACGAAUUGAUAGGGUCGUGGAAAAUUCCUUAGAUGUCCUGCAGCAUGGCAAGCGUUCCAUGUGUGUGGACUUAAAGGAGCCUAAAGGACAACAACUAGUGCAGAAGUUGGCCCAAAAAUCAGAUGUCCUUAUUGAACCAUUUCGACCCGGUGUCAUGGAAAAACUCAAUUUGGGUCCAGCUCAACUUUGUUCGGCAAAUCCACGUUUAAUUUAUGCCAGAUUAACGGGCUUUGGUCAGACUGGACGACUUGCGGCUAGAGCUGGACAUGAUCUGAAUUAUGUUGCGCUUUCGGGUGUACUCUCUAUGCUGGGUCGAAAGCAUGAAAAACCCACAGCGCCCAUUAAUCUCUUGGCCGAUUUUGCUGGCGGCAGUGUAAUCUGUGCUUUGGGCAUUUGUUUAGCCCUCUUGGAGCGUUACCGCUCUGGUCAGGGGCAAAUAGUGGAUUCGUCCAUGGUAGAAGGCGCUGCAUAUGUGGCCAGUUGGUUGUUCAUGUCUCGGGAUCUGGGUAUUUGGACACCACAAAGCGAUCGUGGUGCGAAUAUGCUUGACGGUGGUGCCUAUUUCUAUGACACCUACGAGACCAAAGAUGGCCUCUACAUGUCUGUGGCUGCUUUGGAACCACAAUUUUUCGAAAUUAUUAGGCAAAAAUUAAAUCUACCCGAUGAUUUGUCUCAAUUUGGCGAGGAGCACCAGCAAAUAGGCAGAGAAUUGCUAACUGAAUCAUUUCUAAGCAAAACCCAAGCGGAAUGGUCAGAAAUAUUUGAAGAUUUGGAUGCUUGUGUAUAUCCUGUGAUAGAUUGGCGCCAAGCCCAUCAGCAUGAUCAUAAUAUUGAGAGAAAUAUGUUUGAACAAGUGGGUAAGAAAUGGUUGCCACGUCCAGCUCCAAGCUUAAGUCGUACACCGGGUAAAGCUUUUCCUAAACAGGAUAAUCAGGAAGAACUCUUGAAUGAGUUGGACCUGGAACCAGACGAACUAAAGCAAUUAAUGCAAGAAGGCAUAUUAUCUUUACCUGUUAGCCAUACCAAGGCCAAAUUGUAGCAUUGAGAUUUUUAAUAUUUUUAUUUAAUCAACACCCACAAUUAUUAAAUUUUGUUAAAAAAUAAACUAAUGUUUUCAUCAUAUAUUGAUCCAAA